AUGGAGGGAAAUAAUAAGUCUGGUUCAGAGCCCCAGCUGGAUGAACAUACAAAGUUACAACAUCAGUUCAAGUUGUUUCAAGAAUCGUUACCGAAGGUCAGCAUAGUAGCUUAUCAGCUGCUAUUAAACGAAUUGGUCCCGCUGAGUGUGUCUAUAGAAAAUAAUAUUCAAGAUAUGACUAGCAGCAUUGAGGUCAGUGAUGAAGAUACUUCAACAGAAACCGAAACGGAGACUGAGUGUGAAUUAUCUGAACAGCUCGAGAGGAUGAAGAUUGAAGAAGCAGCUUUACAACCAUCUCACAAAUUGAUACAAGAGUUAUAUGAGGCUAAUGAUUCCAAAAGGGAUCAUAUUUACGAGCGAUUAAGCCAGAUUGGUUUCCAGAUAGGCAGCAAACUUACAGAGCUAUUAAUUUAUAACAACAAUCCCAACUUACACUUUGAGUCCAUGGACUUGCUAGCGGUGAUGAAAUUCAUAUGUAGAGAUGUUUGGAAACAGCUAUUUGGUAAGCAAAUCGAUAACUUGAAGACGAAUCACAGAGGGACGUUUUAUUUAUUUGAUUACGACUACCAGCCAAUACAAGAUUUCUCUUUAGAUGGUGAAAUAUCGGAGAAGGAACUUCAAAUGGUUGAACCUUAUUUAGAAAUUCCUUGUGGCAUUAUUAAAGGAAUUUUAGCCUCUUUGGGGUUCAAAGGUGACGAUCAAGUUGAUGUGACUGUUUCAUUUGUAGAUAUACCCAAGGACAGGGUGGUGUCCCCCAACCAAUUCUCUAAGGGAAUAAACUUCAAUGUUCAAGUAACUAGAACCGAGUAG